UUAUAUAAAAUAUCCCUUUUAUGUUGCUUUGUUGUUUUAUGUUAAGCUUGAAAAUAGUAAUUAAGAAAUUUAUAUGCUAGGUGAAGAAGAUGUUCCCUCUCUGGAAGUUUCAGAAGAAGGCGGUCUGUUUUGGAAGUUCUGCAGUUGGAUAAUAAGAGGAAGACGAACCACAAGUAGCUCGCAUGAAGAUUCACCAAGAAAGGACAUCAGUCAUAAUACAAAAACAGUACUUCCUCUUUGCAAAGAACUAAAAGUUGUUGACAUAGAACUGAGUAAUAAAAAUUUUAAAUCAGUGAUAGAGUCAAGCCUAGAGAAAACUAAAAUAAGAUUCAUUUGCCCUGACGAUUCGGAUAAAUAUUAUCCAAGUGAUUACUUUUUAGCAAAAAUAGCAUCUAGAGUUUACAACGAACAGAGCUCAGACGAUUGUCUGGAGAAGGGAUGGGUUUUGUUGACUACGGCUGAUUCCAGCGAUGGCUAUGUUGGUGCUGCAUAUUGGAAUGCCAAAAACCUGCAGGUUGUUGUAGCCCACAAAGGGACACAAAAUGUAAAAGAUAUUUGGGCAGAUUAUCAGGGUAUAUUUUCAAAAAAAUAUACUUCUCAAAUGAGUUCCGCAGCCACGUUUUCAAGUAUUGUUAUAGAAACUCUCAAGGAACUGAAUAAGAAGUAUUCGACUGAUUUGAAUCUUUCCUGCGCUGGACAUUCAUUGGGAGGAUGGCUUGCCCAAGUAACAGCGUUUUCAACUCAAUACCUCACUAAGGCAAUCGAAGGUGAAGAAGAGUUUUUUGCUAUUCGUAAAAAUGAAAACGAAGGCUAUCAUACUCAUACUGUAGCAUUCGAUAGUCCCGGCUGUAAAGAUAUGCUGUUGAAAAUGGAAAGUGAUUUUGAUGUACGCCAUAGUGGUAGAGCCAAUUUAUCUUCCUUUUUGGAUGUCACAAUUUUCCUCUCGGCUCCAAAUCUAGUCAAUACUCGUAACUCACAUCUAAAUGUGGGUAAUUUAUAUAGGGUGUUUAUCGAUGACUUACCAGCAAGAAGGACCGGGUGGGAUCUUUUUCGAUAUACUACAGAAACUCAUAAGAUGGAUAAAAUUAUGAAUGGGCUUUCUUCCAUGGAAAACAGCUGUUCAUCGGGAAAGAUAAUGAAAGUAAUAGAUUGGCCACUAGCAAAAGAAGGGACAAGUGGAUUUUUGAGCGAAAACAUUUUUACUGAUAAAAACGAAUAUGAACAUUUUCAUAAAUUGGCAGAACGUACUGGUUCAUACAAUCCAACUCCAGAUGGUACAGAGUAUUGUACGCUUCGCUAUCAAGUUAAAGAGGUAGAAAAAGAUGAGUGCAGCGCUAAUGUUUUCAAACAAUCUGAGUUUGACUUUUUGGAGGGAUAUCAGGUGUUGAAACGAAUUUCAAUGCUUUCAAUCGUGCGUGACUUAAUGUUUCCACCUGAGAGUGAGACAGCAGAAAAGACAAAAGAAAAAACAGGAGAAAAGACUGAAGAAAAGAGAAAAAGCAAAAUAACAAAUGAAAAAGUAGAAGAAAUCUUAAAAUAUUUUGAGAUAAAAGCUGGGGAAGGACGAGGUGUUAUCAAGUGCAAUUCGGAAAAUGAGUUACAAAAAUUGAUUAUUUAUGUCAAAAUUAUUUUGUUUAUUUUUCCAAAUAUACAUUAUGAAAUCAAAGAUAAAUUAAAGAACUUGGAUGUUUAUAACAACGUUUAUGAAAAGCAGUCUCUCGAUUAUCUUGAUACUAUAAAGUCUGUAGAAAUUCGAAAUUCUUCUAUGGAAUCUAUUAUUUCGUUUUUAAGAAAUUCUAAAUUGCAAUUUUUGCGAUUCAUAUGCAAAGUGCACCCUGCCAUAGGAAUACAAAAAAUACGUGGCAUUCUUAAAAAAGCGAAAGAAGAUUAUCGAUAUAGCAAAGUAUUUUUUCUAAGUCUAGAUCAGCUUGUAAAUUUAGAACAGUUUUUUCCAUUGCAAAAUUUUUUAAUACAUUUGGAUAAAAAACUUUCUGUGUUAUUUGUAGUAGGGUGCAAUACCGAUUCUAAAAAAGCAGUUAAUCUGUUCAAGAAUUUAUUCAUUACUUUGAAAUCUAGACCUAAGUUUAAGUUAAUAUUAGUUUCGCAUGAAUACAACAGUUUAGAAGAUUGUUUUGGAAAUAAAAGGAAUCUUUGUAGUGAAAUAAAGGAUGAUUCAAGCAUUACAUUUCAAGAUUUAACUGAUGUAUCUCAAGAACAACUUUUAGAGAAAAAAGUUUGUUUUCAAGGAAAAGAGGUAGAUCUUGAUACUUUGAUAACGGAGGAGACGAAACAGCUAAUAGAUGUCCAAACAUUGUCUAAACUUAUCAACAAUGACACAAUAGAGAUAGGUAAACCCGUUCCUGAUUUAGGAGAUGUUAAGAAUUACUAUAUUGAUCAAACAUUUACUCGUCACGUUAAAGUAAAGAGUGAUAUCAAAGAGAACAAAUCUAAAUUUGUUUUUACUAAUAGUAAUACAUGUGAUACAUCAAAAUUCAAUCAAGGUGAAGACAUAAUUUUGAUCUCUGACAGAGAGGAUUAUUUUGAUGAAUUGAGUAAAAAGAAUGAAAAUCGUAAUGUCCACUGGCUAAAAGAAGAAGAUGACCAAUUUGUGUGGCAGAAAUCUUAUGGAACUUUAUCAAACUUGCGAGAGUUUAUAGAUACAGAGAAUGCCUCGGAAUGUAAUGACGUAGAUGGGUCCGUAGUAAUUAUAAGUUCAGUAUCGGGUGCGGGAAAAACCACUGUAUUGACAGAACUAGCACAAAGGUUAAAAAAGAACGAUCCUUCUUUGUGGGUUAUGAGAUUCAAUUUGAAUUCAUAUACUGAAAAGCUAGUAGGUGAAGAGUUUGUUAAUGAUACGGCCAAUGUUUUUGAAUUUCUACUGGAUAUAGCAAGUCUAAAUAGUCCAUUGGAGAAAGAUUUGUUUAAACAUAGACUGAAUUCCGAAGGUGGUAAAGUUGCUUUGCUAUUUGAUGGUUUUGACGAGAUUGUUCCUAAAUAUAAAGAGAAAGUUAUUGAACUAUUAAAAGUUCUAAAGAACUUAAAAAUAGAAAAGCUCUACGUAACUACGCGUCCACACAUGAAAAAUGAAUUAGAAGAUGCAUUAAAUAUAUUGGCAUAUACACUGAAAUUGAUGUCAAAAGAAGAUCAAAUAAUAUUUUUGAGAAAAUAUUGGAGUAAAGAACUGGAACUAAACAUUACCGAGGAGAGGAUUUUUAAAAUUUUCGCAAAACAAUUACUUGACUGCAUGUCACGUCCAAUUUCAGAUGAAAGAAAAGAAUUUACAGGGUUACCUCUUCAAACAAAAAUGCUGGCGGAAGUUUUUGGAAAGGACUUUAAAAACUUUUACAAAUCUCCCCUUCAAAAUAUGACAUCCUUGAUUAAGAAGCUGAAUUUACUGGAACUGUAUAAUGUCUUUGUGGAUAGCAAGUACAAACGACAUCUUGCAGAUAAAAAAAAUUUUGAUCUCACAAAAUCUGGUACAGAAUAUAAAAUACUGUACAACUCGUUUAUAGAAAAUCACUCUUUAUUAGCUUUAAACUCCUUUUUUGGGGAAAGCGACUUAAAUAAGUUUCUUUCUGAGGAGUUCAAACAACUGAAAGAGUAUACGAAACAGGUUCUGGAAGGAGAAGAAAACUCAGAAUUCAUUACCUGCAAUGUGGAUGGAAAAACAAGCUUUAUUCAUCCAAGCUUUGCUGAAUUUUUUGUUGCUUGUUUUUAUUGGAAGAACAUAGAAAAACAGGAAGUCAAAAAUUUUCUCUGUGAGCACAUUUUUAGCGAAGAUACUGAAUUAGUUCGGAUCUUCUUCGAUUAUAUGGCAAUUGACAACCAGGAUGAAUGUAAAGUACACAUUGCAGUCUUGAACAACGAUAUUAUUCAAAUUGAGCUAUUAUUUUCAGGUGCAGAGGAAUCUGGGGAUUUAAUUAAUGCUACUGAUAGUUUGGGAAGAACGGCGCUUCAUUUAGCGGCGCCAUAUGGUCACUUGACUACGGCCAGCAGUUUAUUAAAUCACGGCUACAAUGUUAACGCUCAAGACCAACUACUUUGUGGAGGUCCAUUAAGAUAUGCAGAUAAAUGCGGUCAUUGGUUUGUUGCUGAAAUGCUUCUAGAAAAAGAAGCGAAUUCUAUUGACAUGCCAAACUCAAAGGAAAUAAUUCAAAACUGUAUUGCUGGUGAACGAAGAAUUACAUUAUUGCAUAAUGCAUCAAUGGCAGGUUUAGUAAAUUUUCUUAAGGUUCUGAUUGAAAACAAACCUAAUUUUGUAAACGCAAUGGACGAAUUUGGUUUCACUCCUUUAUAUCAUGCUUUGAAUAAGGAUGUAGCUGAGCUAUUAAUAACCCGAGGUGCUAAUAUUAAUUGUAAGAACGACCGUGGUUGGACUCCUUUGCAUGCAAGUGUUGCUAAGAAAAACAAAGAAUUUGUCGAUUUUUUAAUUAAGCGAGGCACUAACAUCGAUGUUAAAGAUAACGAUGGCUUCACCCCUCUACACGUAGCAACUAUUUUAGAUGAUAACGAGUUAGCUGAUGUUCUAAUAACAAGACACGCUGAUAUUGAAGCUAAAGACGACAGCGGUGAAACUCCUCUGCAUUCAGCUUGUUUCGAAGAUAACAACGAGGUUAUGAAGCUUUUAAUUAAACAUGGCGCAAACAUUGAAGCUAAAAAUUUUGGUGGUCUUACUCCUUUACACAUAGCUGCCGCUACAGAUAAUUCUAGAAUUGUUAUGUUUUUUAUAAAUAGAGGAGCCAAUGUUGAAGCUAUGGAUAACGGUUGUCGUACGCCACUGCAUAUAGCAGCUGCCGGAGAUAGCACAUCGGUUGUGGAAGUUUUAAUCACAAAUGGAGCUAAUAUUGAAUCUAAAGAAUGCUGUUAUCGUACGCCACUACACAUAGCUGCUGUGAAAGAUAGUGCUUCAGCUGCCAGAGUUCUAAUAAUAAAAGGUGCUUGUGUUAAUGCUAAAGAUAUUGAUUGUCGUACACCACUGCACGUAGCUGCUGAGGAAAAUAGUGCUAGAGUUGCUGAGAUUUUAUUAAUGAAUGGUGCUGAGAUUGAAGCUAAAGAUGCCUGGGGUUGGACUCCUUUGCCCUUAGCUUUUGAACGUUCUAGUGUAGAUGUUGCCAAAUUUUUAAUGGAAAAAGGAGCUGAUAGAUUAUCCAGAGAUAACUCUGGAUAUUCUAUUCCACAAAAAGAUAUUGAACUAAGAGACGAUGUUGAUAGCCAAGAUGACGAUGAUCAAAACAAUCCUAGCUUUUGUCAGUCUUUUUGUGCCAAAGCAAAAUAUUUAAUCCUUAUUUACUAAGUUACUAAGUCAUAUAUUAUGUUUAAAUAAAUGAA